UUUAAUAUAUCAUGGUGAUGCAAUUGGUGAUGAGGUGAAGAUCGAUUUAAAAAAUAAAAGUCUGGCCGGGUUCAAUUGAGGCAGACGUGUAAGAAAUGAGGAAAUUCUGGUGAUAAGUCCCAAGCCAUCCAAAUCGCCAUUGCCAACUUGUUAUUAUUAUAAAUUUGAACGAGUUGGACUUAUUCUAGGACUUUUGGGGGGUCAAAAUUAAACCCAUUCAAUUGCUUGUGUUUCUGAAAAUUCACUUGAUAUUUAAUGAUUAGGUGAGUUCCUAAAAUUUAAUCAGAUUAAAGAUUUGAGAUAUAGUCCUUAAGAAAUAAGAAGGAUAAGGAAGCGUUGCAGUUGCAGUUGCAAUGGGUAGCAAAGAGCAAGAGAGUAUUAAGAGGGUUAUGACUCACGGUGGUCGAUACAUUGAAUACAAUGUGUACGGAAACUUGUUCCAGGUCUCGACCAAGUAUGUCCCUCCCAUUCGCCCUAUCGGUAGAGGCGCAUACGGCAUCGUUUGCGCUGCCGUUAACUCCGAUACGCACGAGGAAGUUGCCAUAAAAAAGAUCGGUAACGCCUUCGACAACAUCAUUGACGCUAAACGGACUUUGAGGGAAAUCAAGCUCCUUCGCCACAUGGACCAUGAAAAUAUUAUUGCUAUUAAGGAUAUCAUUCGGCCUCCCAGCCAGGACGCCUUCAAUGAUGUUUACAUUGUUUAUGAAUUGAUGGACACUGAUCUUCAUCAGGUUAUUCGUUCUGAUCAGCCUCUUAACCAUGACCAUUGUCAGUACUUUUUAUAUCAGCUGCUACGGGGCCUGAAAUAUGUGCAUUCUGCUAAUGUCUUGCACCGGGAUCUUAAGCCAAGUAAUUUGCUUCUGAAUGCCAACUGUGACCUUAAAAUUGGGGACUUUGGUUUGGCUAGGACAACAUCUGAAACGGAUUUUAUGACGGAGUAUGUUGUCACUCGAUGGUACCGAGCCCCAGAAUUGCUCCUUAAUUGUUCAGAGUACACCUCUGCGAUUGAUGUUUGGUCUGUUGGUUGCAUAUUUUGUGAAAUUAUGACUAGAGAACCCUUGUUUCCUGGGAAAGAUUACGUUCAUCAACUAAGGCUUAUAACAGAGUUAAUAGGUUCACCUGAUGAUGCCAGCCUUGGAUUUCUCCGAAGUGAAAAUGCCAAAAGGUAUGUUCGACAGCUUCCAUCAUAUAGGAAGCAAAAUUUCUCGGCUAGAUUCCCAAAUAUGUCUCCUGAGGCAUUGGAUUUACUAGAAAAGAUGCUUAUCUUUGAUCCCAGCAAACGCAUUACAGUUGAUGAAGCACUAUGUCAUCCAUAUCUUUCAUCACUUCAUGACAUCAAUGAUGAACCAGUUGGCCCUGGGCAAUUCAAUUUUGAUUUUGAGCAGCCAACAUGCACUGAAGAGCACAUCAAGGAGCUCAUCUGGAGGGAAUCGGUGAAGUACAAUCCAGAUCCACCCUCUCAGUAAUUCUUUCUUGAAUAAUGAUUCCCUCAUCACUCUUGGUCUUGGGUGUAGACACCUAGAGAGAAAUAGGAAGAAAAGAGAGAUAAGUGAUUAAUAAUCGACGGGACUACUAUUUGAGUAGUGAGGGAAUCAUUAUUCUUCUUUCUUAUUAGUAUAAAUGUAUCAAGAUAAACUUCUUUUACCUUGAAUACAGUGCCUGUCCAUUAUUCAGAUAAAUUGCUAGGUACAGCCGACAGAAAGUCAGAAAGUUCCGUUCUUGACUUCUUGUAAUCUAGUCCUAAAGCAUUUAGGGUACAAAGGAAAAUGAGUAAUCAUUAGGAAAUAGGAAUCCAAUUGAAUAUUACUGGCAUUCGCACGAGUUAUAGAACCCGUUGUAUAUGUUGAACUGUCGAAGUUUGGUUAAUGAGUAUAGAGAAUCAGGGUUUUGGGAAUCAA